UAGUGGGUACACCCCUACACCAGAGUUUUCGAGCACCACUUAACUUCCUCGAAGUUUGUUAGGAGUUUCAUACUGUUUUGGUGGGCGCAGCGUCCGCUCCAGUCUACUUUAAUUUCAUUAGUGUAAUGCAUUUUAACUAGCAUUUACUUAUAUUUGUCAAUGCUCACUAUUGCAGCAACGAUGAAACUGAACACACUUUGCGGAAUACAGUGCCUAUGUUUUAUGGCAAUUCUUACUCAAGGCAGUGCGUCUCCUAGUUUAUUUCAGGGUACCGCUUACUCCGGACCGGUUCACAGGCACAGGAAUAAGAACUGGUGUGCGUUUAUUGUACAAAAGAAUGUUAGCUGUGCGGUCCAGGGAGGCGUUGGGAGCUUCGUGGAGCCUGGGGUGGCGCCGUGUCCACCGCAUCAACCGGACUGUGACCAACAAGUGAUGUACCAAACCCGGUUCCGACCCACAUACAGGAUUUCGUACAAGACGGUGACGGAGCUGGAGUGGAGAUGCUGCCCGGGCUACCAGGGUCCAGACUGCAGAGAGGUCAAAGGCUCCCCAAACAGACAGCGUCCCGUCGAGCCACAGGCCGAUCCCCAGGCCCAGCCGGACAUCAGCAGAUACCAUCAAAGGCGCGGGGACCUGCCCUACCUUGACACCCGGCGACACUCGGGCGUGGACAAGGCCCGGCUGCUGGAGGGCGAGGUCCAGAAGCUCUCGCAGGCCGUGCAGGACCUGCAGGCGGCCAUGGCCGGCAUGAGCGAGAACCUGCGCACCAACCUGCAGGAGGACACCAGCAAGAUGCUCGUGACGCUGCUCAACAACAUGCGGCCGCCCGACAGCGCCCGCUCCGGCGGCACGGAGGAGAGCAGCCCGCCGGGCAUGCUGGACGGACACCUGGCCGUGAGGGGUCACGCGGAGGAGGACCAGAGGGGGAUGGAGGAGGUGAUGGCGAGGUUGGACGGCGUGACGGACGCGCUGAAGACCAAGGACGAGGCACUGGAGGAGCUGCGCGGGACCGUGUCCGGACAGGCCGAGCAGAUUCGCAUGCUCAUGGACUCCUCACAGGGUCCGGCGGUGAUCAGCGGGGCGUCCCCUGACCUGGACGUGCUGCAGUCCUACAUCGACCAGAAGUUCGACAAGCUCAAGAAGGAGCUGACGGACGACAUCGAGGACCAGGUGACAGGGCUGAAGAAGACGUGCAACGACAGGAUGACGACGGUGGAGAGCACCUGCCACGCCGAGCACCAGAACAUCUACGCCACCGUCAUGGAGGCGAUGGACGCCAAGCACGACGACCUGAAGAAGGAGCUCAGCGGGCUGCGGCUGGACAUCGGCGUGGCGGCAGACGGCCCCAUCCUCUUCAACCGUGAUGCGUUGCCUCUCAUGAGACCAGGCGGCGAUGACGACGACGACAACGACCUGCGUCGGGAGAUCCAGCGCGUGGCGGAGGCCCACCGUGUCCUCAACGCACGCAUGGACAACGAGCUGGAGCACCUGUCCAUGCUUCAGCUGGAGGACGUGUUCGGCCCGCGCGUCGAGGAGCUCGAGGAUCGCAUGAACGUCACGGAGAGGAACAGCGAGCUGCACGCAAUGUACGUUGAGGAGAAGCUGAACAAGAGCUUCACGGAGGAGCUGGAGGCCCUCCGACAGCUGGUGGAGGACCGGCUCAGCGGCAUGGAGGACCAGUUCAGCACCAUGCUGGUAGAGCUGAGCAACAAGUCCUUUGCCAGCGCGGUGACUAGUGGCUCUGCGAACGCCUUGCAGACCGAGCUCAACAACAACAAGCAACUCAUCCAGACGCUGGACGACAAGAUCAACGCCAUGGGGGAGAUAUGCCAGUCGAAGGACUGCAAGCCCAACUUGGGAGGUCUUGACGGAAUACUGAGGGAUGUGCGACGCAACAAGAACGACAUCGAGGUGCUGGGCACUGACGUCUCGCAAAACGCGGACAAGAUCAAGCAAAUCGAGGUGGCCAUGGACAGGCUGACGGUGCAGAACAAGUUCCUGACUAAGAACGCGCAGGAUCUUCAACACGCAGGCAACACCUCUGCCGACAGCAUCAACCAUCUGACAGCGUCUGUGGCAGAGUUGAAGGACUCAAUGCACAAACUCUCCCAAGACUGCUGUAGGCAGCGGGGUCCUGACCAGACCCUUUCACAGGGCCCCAGUCCCGUCCUCCCCCUGGACCCUGAAGACGACUUGAAGGGAGACCAGCUCGAGGAGCUGAAGAGCAGGUUUCUGAGACUGAAUGCCCGUGUGGUAGCAGAGCUGAUUCGCUGCAAUGACAGCAACGCCCGUGUGAAUGAAGCAGUGGGUGCCCUCGACGGCAGAGUGUCCAAACUGGAGAAUAUCUGUGUGGAAGGAGAUGCAACCACGAGCCCUGGAAGUGCUGCUGGUGGCAGGGACGGUCCGCAGAGGCCCACGCUGACCGUGCUUGAUCCCAUCCGGCACCUGAACAACACUGUGAAAGCCCACUCAGUGGACAUCCGAAACCUGCAGAGCUCUCUGUACAACGUCCAGACUCAGCUUUCAAGCCUUGUGAAGCACAUUCUCAAAGAUCCUGUCAAAGAUCAAGUGCCUCCGAGACCCCCCCAGACGCCCGCGGGCCCUCGCACCCCGCCGCGCCAGCCCCAGAUCAAUCAGAUCCAGGUCAUCCCCCACCGCAUACCUGUCCAGCCUCAGCAGCCGGCCAUCAUCCCCAUACGGAUACCCAUCCAGCCUCCGCCCCAGCAGCCGACCCACGCACGCCAGCCCACCCACCGCCAGCAGCAGCAGCCGGGGCUCACGCGGCAGCCUGCCAAGCCUGCCAAGCCCCUGGACGCCAGCCAGACCCUGGUGCCCCACAGGCGGCGGGUGGAGGAGGUAGGCGAGGCCGGGCCCCCCGCACCCCAGCGAAGGGUCACCGUCAGACGAGACCAGGAGUCCAAGACCUCACAAAAGCCUGUCUUGGGAUUCGCAGGUGCCCCAGGUUACCCACCGCCAGCAAGUCCCGUAGCCUUCAAGACAGAUCCCUUAGAAGUUUCUCAGAUGCCUUAUAGGCGUGCCACAAACAUCCCUCUCGUAACACCUGUUGCAGCAAAGAGCCACACUCCUGGAGACCCUCUGUCCUUCUCUGCCGGCCUCACCAGUGAGCCCUUCUCAGGAGACUUCAGUGUGGUACGCUUCAACAGGGUGCUGGUCAAUGACGGAGAACAUUACAACCCAAACACAGGGAUUUUCACGGUACCCAUGGACGGCCGUUACCUAGUCACCGCCGUGCUGACGGCCCAGCGCGGCGAGCGGGUGGAGGCGGUGCUCUCCGUGUCCAAUCGCAGCGUGCAGAAGCUGGACACGGCCGGCUACGGGCAGGGCGACCCCGCCUGGACGGGCGCGGGCGACAAGGACAAGUGUGUGUGCGGAGGUGCGGCAUCCUUCAGCGUCGUGCUGCCGCUGCGCAAAGGCGACCGCGUCAGCGUGGUGCGAACCGCCGGCAAGCUGGCCAUCUCGGAGUCCAGGGAGAUCCUCUCCACCUUCAGUGCCGUCUUUCUUUACGCACCUCAUUUCAGCAGAUAGCCCUGUGAGGACCAGAGCCCCAUCAGGGCCCAGGCUAUAUGGCUCUACAGCUAUCAGGCCAAUCCCAUUCGGCUACAGCUACCCCAUCAGAGAAGAGAGUAAAGUCCAUUAUUGGCCUGGGAACAAUGCAAUGAAUCCAGCUUGGCCUCACAAAAUGGAGAAUACGGCCAACCUCUUAUAUUGAACAUUGUGAUGACACUUUUUUUUAUUACUGUGCUCACAUAAAGAUGUUUUUGUCCUGUAUUAGAGAUCUCACUUACAGUACCUCCCUAUUUUUAUAAUGUAAAAAGUAACUACUUUAAAUUAACCUGUUUCGUUGUCGUUAUGUUUUUGUAUGGAUUGUAAUGUUAUUUGAGCUAUUCUGACCACAUAAUAGUCUGGCAGUUUUACGGUGGUAAGAAAUUCCUUAUCUGGGAAAACUAUGAUUUUACAGCGUGUGGCAAAAAAGAAAACAAGAGCCGGCCAAAAAGGACAUCAGACCCAAGUAAUGUGCCUCUCAAGUCAUUCACCAUUUCAUACAAAAGUCGGUUAUGGAUCAGUGAAACUAAACCACAACCCAUUACAGAAAACACAAUUACAGCCGGCAGCCCCUUCGCAAUCAUUCCAGGAAAAGGGCGUGUGCAGCAUUUCCCUAACCCUCCCCCAGAGACUUUAGACCCAUUAUUUCCACACACACACGCACACACACACACACACUACAAAUGGCCACUUCUUGGAAUACAGCAUCAUAUUUAUUUGGACCUUUUCUUCACUGCAGUGUUAAAUCACGGGUCUAACAGAGCCCCGGCCAUAUCUGCCAGGUAAAUGGUUGGGAAGAGAUGUCGUCAAUAGCUGCAGCCCAUCAAUGCAGUGAGUGAUGUAGUUAGCGAAACACGUGGUCCCUGGAAUAGCCCGUUGACAUCUGGCUCUUUGACACGCACUUCAAUGACAAUAAAAUAAUCAAAAGGCACUGAAAAAAA